AGUUCAGGUACACAUCUUUGAGUAUAUUAUAUACUCAAAGGUACACAUUCGAAAACAUCGAUAAGAUGAUAAGCCAGUCGUGCGUUUUCUGCGGUUCGUUUAAGGUGUUGUGUGUUAAUUUUGUUCAGCUGUUCUUUUUUUCGUAGUUUUCCGGCUUCUGUUAAUUAAUUUGUAUCGUGUAAAUGAAUAAUUUUCGCGUUAUUUGUUCUAUAAUCUGUUUAAAUCGAAGCUAAACUCGAACAGGACGUGGUAAUCUUGCAGUUUCGAAGACUACUUUGGAUCACCGAUAUCUCGCUUUGAUCGAGGAAUAAUCGUCGUCGGUAUUCUAUUCCAAGUUGUAUAAAUUCAACUCGAGUAAAUUCCACCGGUCUAUAUAGAAACAGUCGCCAGGUACGAUUCGGAUUCGGCGCCGAGCUCCAGCAACGAAAUCGAAAGCAUUUGAAUUAUUUUCUCGUGUAGCUGAUAUGGAUGGUCAAUCGAGUUCAAAGAGAUUAAAAUUAUCCUCCGAUGUUGAUGGCGAAGCCGGUGAUGGUGGCGAUGGUCGCGAAGCCGGCGAUGGUGACGUUGGUCGCGAAGCCGAUGAUGGUGGCGUUGGUCGCGAAGCCGAUGACAAUGGAAUUCGAACGAUACCGGUUAGCGAGGGAAACGAAACAGAAAUCAAACAACUUCUGUACACGUUAUUUCCGGAACUCUUAUUUCCCAUACCGGUGCAAAUCCCGGAACUGUUCGCAUUAAUUUCAUCGACGCCUAGCAGCGUUUGCUUGGUAAAAAAUCAAUGCUGUGUAGCGGUAUUGGCCCUCGUCGAUUUAAAUAACGUUGUUGGUGAAAAAGUAUUGAAAUUUCUAGACGAUCAUUUCGACGUGUUAAACGAUAAAAAAUUUUUAGAUGAAAAUUCGCGUUAUGCUUUGUUGAUUAAUGAACGUAAGCUCGAUGAGGUAAACUUCAACGAAAUUCACCCGCAACUUCGUAGCUUGAUCCGAAAUAUGACCGAAGUCGAUCGACUGAUCCUUAUUUCAAAAAUGGCAAAAUACAAGGAUCCAGGGCAGGAAAGAACAAGCCUUGUUUACGCAAACAAGGAAGAAGCGGAUCUUCAAAACAAAGCCAAUACGAAUUUUCGCUACACCUUAAACAUAACCCAGGACUGGCCUGAUCAUGUUAUUUCACCGCCGACGCAAUCGAAAUGUGUGCAGGUUCGUCAAGUCGGAGUUUUCAAAAUGGAUAAGACGCCCGAAAUACUCCAAUCCCUCGAUAAAUACGCCGAAGAUGGAGUAUCCGCCAAAAAAAGUGGCUCGCUGUAUUCCGAUUCCGACAGCGCGGAAUCUAGGCACCAUGACGAACCCACCGACUAUACAUUCGACGAACCAAUUGAUAGUGAUAUGGAGGAAGCUAUUUGUGGCUCCUCGUCCUCAUCAAAGACAAAUGACGUCCCGGUCCCAGUCCCGGUCCCGGUCCCGGAAAGUAAGGAUGACAGUGAUUUGGAUGAACUUUAUGAAUGAUCAUCUGUUUAUACCAAUUUCUAACUAUCUUUGAACUUCAUCGGUCAGUUCGGUUUUAUUUAUCAAAUAUGUUUGGCGCUUUAUUUUUCUAAAAUUUUUUAACAGUUUAAAAUGUGUUUAAUUCGUAUUGUGUUCGAAGUAUUUUAUGUUAAUUUUAACCCUUUUAUGACAUAGUUUUCGAAAUUUUCGAACCAAUUCAUUAUAUUUAAAAAGUACUUAGUUAAGUUUCCUUCGUAUAGUUUUAGUUAAGGCACUUCAUUUUUGAUGCCUUAUCCUUUUUGAAUCGCAUUUUGACUGCGCAUUAUUGCGCGGAAUUGUCCUUUUUUUUUUUUUUUUGUUAUAUUUCGGAUUUUUUAAAGUACCUACAGGAGAGUAUUUUUUUAAUUGCUAAAUUAAACCAAAAAAAACUAAGGUUAGUCCAUUAUGGUUAAGUUUCAGAUUUCUCUGGCGUUUAGGCCUACACAGUCUCGUGCAACUAGUUGAUUUUUUUUGGAAUUUUUUUCAAAGAAAUUUUUUCAAAUCUCAAGACUGAAGCUGAUGACUAAAAAAGACUCUUGUAUACGUGUACAUAUUUAGCGAAUUUGUUUUUAUUUUUUUUUAUUCGUAAUCAUGGGUAAUAUUAAUUUAACGAGAAAUUAUCAUUCGAGGUUACCUCCAAAAGUAGAUUCGAAAUGUUUUUCUAUUUUAUGUUUUAUCCUCGCUAAUUAAAAAGUUCCAAUAUCAAUUAUUUUACGUAGUAUUUGCGAAUAGAUUUUUGCAAUGGAAAAAAAUAGUAGACAAAGAGAACUGAUAGAGAGUUCGGUUUGAAAAAUAUCGUGCAAUUUGAUCAUGUUUACCAGUAUUUUAAAUACUAAAUUAUUGUACUUUUAAAGUAUGUAUUAUUUUACGUACAUGUUCUGUUAUUCGAGGUAGAAAUUUGAAAAAAAAAUUAAUUCGAGUGAAAUAAAAAUUUUACUCGCUUGAUUUGAAAAAAAAAAACAAAAAAAAACUACACCAAGUUCCUUUAAUCAGCUACUAUACC